CAUCGCUAGUUGUCUUAAAUAACCUCAACAUUGUUAUCAUAGCUCGUUAAUUCUUUAUUGCCUCCGUUCUCGGUAUCUUUUUAAUAAAAUUUUUAAAAAACUCAGUAAUAUUCAAGGUUUCUAAAAACGACAUUGUUUUAACAUGAGUACAAAAUAUAAAACCGUUUUGAUUUAGUUAAUUCGUAUUUUACACUAAUUGGAUUUUAAAUUUUAUGUUAAACGAUAACAAAGUUGGGUCCCGUUAAACGUUAUUUUUAUAUUUAUUACUUUUUUUUUCAUAUAUAGAAGCUUAAACAUGUUAGUACUUACUGUUUAAAAUCAUUACACUUAAACACCAUGAUAAUUUUCGGGGUUAUAUUGAGUCUAUUAAUUAUCGUAGAUGUCGAAACUACAAGUAAUAAAAGAAUUAUCGGUGGAAAAACUACAUCCAUCAAUCAAUACAACCAUCAUGUAGCUAUUAACGCAGAUGGGACAUACAUCUGCGGCGGCUCCAUAAUAAGCGAAAGACACAUUUUAACAGCGGCCCAUUGUUAUCGCUUAUACACAACAUAUACAGUAAGAUACGGCAGUUCUUUUCACGAUGAUUUUGGAACCCUCGUCUAUGUUACUCAUUUCUAUUUACAUCCGUAUUAUUAUAUGGUAACUGCAAGCAAUGGAAAUGAAUACCCUAAAAAUGAUAUUGCUAUCUUCAAACUUAAAGAUGUCAUCAAAUUUGGUAAUCUCGCCAAUAAAAUUGAUCUGCCAGAACCGAAUUAUGAACCAACCGUCGGUUUUAGCGCCACAUUAACCGGUUGGGGUAACGAAUAUUUUGCACCAACUAAUCAAUUGAAAAGGGCCUAUUUGCCAAUAAUGAGGAACGUCGAUUGUGCGAAGAUGUGGAUUCCAGUAAACGUUUAUGACACUAAUAUUUGUGCGUCAGUUAAUGCGGAAGAUUCCGCGUGUAUUGGAGACUCCGGUGGCGGUCUUGUAUUAAAUGGAAAAGUUAUUGGAAUUGCUUCAUGGACCAUAGAAAAUUGUGCAACCGGAACCAGCUCUAAACCGAACGUUUUUGCAAGGGUUAGCAAAUAUUUUUGGUGGAUUCAAGAACAACUUAAAAAAUAAAACUGUUUGUCAAUAAUUUCCUUAGUUAAUGUUGUUGUAUUUUGGAGAAAUAACACAUUAAACAACCCUCUCAAAUAACUAAAUAAAUUAUAUUACCAUAUA